ACGUGAGGUCCUGGAUUGGCAUCAAUGAGUUUCUUAUCAAGAGGGUUGAGUGUUUGCAAGACUUUAGUGAGAUUUUCUUCAAAAAACAUCAUAAUGGCACAAGCAUUUGAAUCUGGAGUCUUUUCUGCUGCUUUCAUAACAUGUCCUAACCUUGAAACAGCCAAAGCAUUAGCUAGGGGUAUGGUUGAGCAGAAUUUGGCCGCAUGUGUCAAUGUCAUUCCUAACAUAACAUCAAUUUACACCUGGGAAAACAAACUUGAAGAAGACUCGGAAGUAUUGCUGAUGGUCAAAACAAGAAGCACCAGAGUUCCUGACAUCUCUGAUUACAUCAAAAAAAAUCAUCCAUAUGAUGUUCCAGAAGUCAUAAGCCUCAAGAUUGAUCAAGGAAUGCCAUCAUAUCUGGAUUUCCUCGAUAAGAAAACGGUAGAGAAAACAACYGAGUAAUUGAUCAAGGCAACAGGAAAGGAAAAACUAAUAGAUUGUAUUAGUGCUGCUUGGAGACAUGCCUGCCUUGCAUGUCUGACCAAGACUUAAUAGAUUUUAYGAGCAAAGUUUAUAGACAUUAAUCAAAGACGUUUAAUUUAACCAUCACAUUAUUUUAAUGCUCCACAAAUGAAGCAUUUACAGUGCGACACACCCUACCUUGGCCACCCAACUUAUUUUUUUACUAGUUAGCCAAUCAGACAACAAGAAUUUGUGCAUUUGCAUGUCAUACUCUUUGCA